AUGUCAAAAUCUGUUGCAGUGGAAGAUUCUUGCACAAGUUUCAUGGAAUCAAAAUGUCCGCAAGCUAAAAAAGAUUAUCCCAUAGCUAAACCAGAUUUGGAUUACUGCAAACGCCUUGAGAAAUACAAAAGUUGUGCUAAAAAUAUCAAUGAGAAGUGCUGGGAUUUCUACAAUGGACUCUCUAUUGAUAAUUGUCCUCGUAAUGACAUAUGCAUAAACGAGUUCCAAAAUUUGUGUCCCAAUGCGGAACGAAAUUAUCCUAAGCGUAUUCCAGAUUCAAAUUUUUGCAAUCGCCUGUUAACAUAUUAUAUGUGUGCUCAUGAGGUAGCACACGAAUGCGAAAGGCACUUCGUCACUGUCUAUCACAUAAUAUGUAAAACUGCAGAUAAAAUCAGUGAAUGCGAAGGAAAGUACAGAUACAAAGCAUUGCCAAAUUAUGAAUAA